UGACGUGGUACACAUCACUCGUUUGGCUUUCCACUUCAUGGAAACAACGUUCCAAAUGUUUUAGGAUGGAUGUACAUGUUGGAAAAUGAAACAGAUUCUUCUAUUGUUGAUUUUUAUCAAUUUGCAAGGUUUGAAUGCGGAAGCUCUUAAACGGAGGAAAGCUUAUAAUUGGAGGACAGGUUAUAUAUGGAAGAAGGCUUAUAUUUGGAGGAAUGCUUAUACGUGGAAGAAACCUAAUAAAUGGAGCGACCUUCUACCGACAAGAAAGAGUUUACCAAAAGAAGACAUCGAAGCGAACAUUAGAUUACACCUUGUCGACAAACAGUGGGUGCCAGAUGGAACCAAGGCUGUUCAGAGUGAUGAUGUCAUUCCCAAAUACCGCGGCACAGUGAAAGAUGCCUUCAAAAUAUUUAUGUCUAAAGAACUACAACUUAAGUACCACAGUAGUCCCUUAGCUGAGGCCAAGGAGCUGUUAAAAGAAGAAAAUGGCUACAAAGCAGAACAAGAGUCUAUCUUUAUCAUCCACACUGUUGAUGGUUCUCCUAACGACGACAUGGUCAAAAACACAAUUACAGCUUUGGCAUUGAGAAAUUUCUUAAAGAAAUAUAAUGUUUUUACAUUUGAUAUAAAAGAUUUGCAGCGCUAUAUGCAAGAGACUAUCCGCGAAGUAAUGAUUGGGCGAGGAUCAAAAUAUGAGGAUUUAAGCGAAGUCAUUGGUAACUUUUUCAACUCUGCGAUUGCCGAAAAUCUAAUAGAAAUCAACAAAAUACACCUUUUUGGUUUUAGCUUCUCUGCUCAGCUCUCAGGCUAUAUAGGUCGCUAUGUAUCUUCGAAAAACGAUGACAAGAAGAUGAAAUCAAUAACGGCUCUAGAACCAUUCUCAACGACGUUAUUCAGUAUGAAAAACAAAGUGGUCUCCAAAGACGAUGCCGAACUGGUCUUUGUGUUCCACACCAACUCAAUUUACGCUGGUACAUUUGAUCACAAGGCAACAGCUGAUUUCGUCAUAAACAACGGAUGGUUCCAACCUGGUUGUUUCUUUAGUCGCAACAUGUAUUGCAGUCAUCAAAGGUCUGUCACGUUAUUCUGGUAUGUCAUUUUAUACCCUGAGUUGUGGACAGCGAGGAAGUGCAGCAGUUAUCUUUUGUUCUCGUCCUGUCUCUGCAGUUUCAAGGAAAAGACUUCACUCACAUUCCCACCAGUUCCUGGUGCAAAAGGGACAUACUACUUGAACACAAUGGCACACAAACCAUACGGAUUCGGACCAAAAGGUGCAAACUGCAUCUCCUUCUUUAAGAGGAAGAAAUCCGAUCACAUAGUAAAAAGUGUUAAACUAGGGAACCUCAAUGAUUAGUGAAUCCAUAGAAAUCACCAACUUCCGUUCUGAAAUAGAA